AUCCUUCCAUUUUGCCUCUAAGUUGCGCCUGCGCAGUCCUGCGUGUCUGACCUUCAUAGGAGUAACCAUGUUCGCCAGGACCAGCGCGUUGGUGUUCUCCCCACAAUGGUAAAGUUUAAAAUAUUGGAAAACUGUCUUGAUAAUUGUUAGAUUUAUCUCUGUUAAUAAAAUUCAUGUUAAUGUCUGAAUAGAGUAAACAUGUAUCUCCUUGUCUUUGGUGCAUUCAAGUGUUGAAGGACGUGCUAACGUGGAGGCCGCGGUGGAUGAAUGACAGCUAAUGCUAGCUAACGUGACAUUUACCGGCUAAAGCACCCUGACAUUUGUCAUAAAAGUAAAAUUAAACCAUCACGAAUGACCAUACAGCUAUUAUAUUAAGUUUACUAAUCAACUAACAUGAAUUAUGUUAUGCACUGUCUUUAGUUUGUAGUAACUGUGCACAGUAAAGCUAAGCGGUGCUGCUGCAUUUGCACAGCCUGUAUGCAACAAAGCUAAAAUCCUGCACGUCACAAACCAGUUUAAGGUUAUAAGAUUUUAACUAACAGCUUCUGUAACUGCAGGACUUUGUUUGUAAAGCUGUUUUAUGUCACUGAAACUAUCAGCAGAAGCUAAUCUGCUCUAUUUCUGUCCACAGUGGGCAGGUCAGGAACAUGGCUACUUUGAAGGACAGUAAGUACUUUUACAUUUUUGACUUUUACACAAGAAGAAAAUUUAAAAACAACGCAUAAUAAAAUAUUGUUUUCACUUGUAAAAGCUUAGAUACAAAAUGUGACUUAUCUGCAACAGUUGUGUACAGGCAGGUCACAUGUAUCACAGGCUGCAAUAACAUUGAUUUGAUAGUUUUAUUUUCAUGUCUGCAGAGUUGCACAUAUGAACUACUUUUGGGUUGUUUUGUAGCCAUGAAAGCCUUGCCUUCCUUUGUUGCACUUCGGUUUAUUUCACACAUAAUUUAAGGUAAAUGCAAAAUAACUUGUGUCAUCCUGGAGGUCAAGAGAGAUAAUUUAAUUGUGAGGUAUAUAAAUGAAGUAAAGUUUGAUUCAAGGCUGAAAUUGACCAUUUUCUCUUAAAUAUUUUAAUUAUUUCCAACUUCCUUUGUUAGUGUUGGGUCUGUAAUAUUGCUUGACAUGCAGCAUGUAUAUAUUGAAUAAUAACAUGCAUGUUUCCAACACAUUAAAUCAUGUCAGAGCAGGAAAGCAAAAGAAAUAGAUUCAAGAAGUUGAACUUGAACAAAUCUGAGCUUUUAUUUGUUUUUCAUUUAGACUGAUUGACUUCAUUAACAGUUAAUACGAUGGUUGAUUAUUUCAUCUUUGCAGCUGUACUCCCGCAAUUUGGACCAUGUUAUGUGGCUGGAUUAAAAUAGUUUCAUUAAUAUGUAAAAUAAGGAGUUACAACUGGUUGCCCUGACUUAUAAGAAAGAUGUCUGUGUGUUCAUGUCUGCUCCACCCAUGUAUCAUACAUUUGAGUAAGGGGUGGCAGGGGCACCGGCUCCAGUGAUUGAUAGAUAUGAAAGUUUCAUUUUUCAUCUUACAUCAUCAAAUUCCUGAUGUUUAGUACCAUCCUCUUUAUCUCUCUAGUCACCAUUCGGUUGAAGUCCAUCAAGAACAUCCAGAAAAUCACCAAAUCCAUGAAGAUGGUGGCCGCUGCCAAGUACGCCCGUGCUGAGAGGCAGCUGAAGCCCGCCAGAGUCUACGGCACCGGUGCUUUGGGUCAGUACAGGAAAACUUCCCCUCUGUGUCAGUAUGAGUAAUAUGUAAGUUUUACUGACUCUAAACUGACGUUCCUCUGUUUCCUCUUUGCUCUCCAGCUCUGUACGAGAAGGCCGACAUCAAAUCCGAGGACAAACCCGGCAAGCACGUGAUCAUCGGCGUGACCUCUGACCGUGGUCUCUGCGGAGCCAUCCACUCCGGUGUCGCCAAGACCAUCAAGGCCGAGAUCGCCAACCUGACCGGCGCUGGGAAGGAGGUGAUGGUGGUCAAUGUGGGGGACAAGCUGAGAGGCCUGCUGCACAGGUACGAGGAGGAAACAGACUGUUACACUGUUACCCUUUUAACACUUUUCGCUCUGAUUCACACCUGAACAUUCUUGGGCAGCGACCUUCUUACUGUCCGAGACUCUCUGCUGGAAACAAGAGGGGGGAUACUGCGUUUACUGUCUGGGGUCAAAGCUGGUGAACACUUUUUGAAGAUUAUAUUAAAUAUUACAUUAAUAAGGUACUGCAUUGUUAGUCUUGCACAUUCAAAUGGUUAAUUUUAAGUUAAAUCUAGGAAGGAGUUUCUGACAGGAAAGACAAACGUCUGAGGAAAUCUGCGGUGAUGCUUCGCCUAAUCUUGUUUCGUAAAACCUGCUUUUUUCUGUUGAAGUAGAAAUGGUGAAAUUUACUUCUGCUUGUGUCAAGUUUGACUUUUUUUUAAUCAGGGGUGCAAUAAAGUGAUUAUUUCCGAGUUUUAUAAAAUCUUUAAAAUGAAAAUAGUGUGACAUACCAAAGAUUAUGGGCGUGAUUCAUUUUCGCAUUUAGAAAUCAAGUUUUAUUCUGGUUAAAAAAGGUCAUUAUUGAACAUGAGCUCAGAUUGAAGUUGUGUUUGCUUUAAUGUUUCUCAUGUUUGUUUUUCUCAUCAGAACUCAUGGCAAACACAUCAUGCUGAACUGCAAGGAAAUCGGCCGUAAGCCCCCGACCUUUGGGGACGCUUCAGUCGUCGCCACUGAGCUGCUCAACUCUGGAUACGAGUUUGAUCAGGGAUCUGUCAUCUUCAACAGAUUCAGGUACGAAAAAUUCAGCCUUUAGAUUUUGUCUCCAACGGCACAAGCUGUCAGAGUGGCUCAUCAGAAUGUGAUCAAACUGAUCCGGACCUCGAAAAUAACGCCCCGUCCUCUGCUGCAGGUCUGUGAUCUCCUACAAGACGGACCAGAAGCCUCUGUUCUCCAAUGACACUGUGGCUAAUGCAGGUAGAGAUGUUUGUUUUGGCUUCACAUGGGUCCUCAUGAUGUUUCCAGGGUUAUUAAACGCCUGUGUCCUCCUCUGACAGAGAGCAUGGGCGUGUACGACGACAUCGACGCUGAUGUGCUCAGGAACUACCAGGAGUUUGCUCUGGUCAACAUCAUCUACCUGGCUCUCAGGGAGUCCUCCACUAGCGAGCAGAGCGCUAGGAUGACCGCCAUGGACAGCGCCAGCAAGAACGCCUGUAAGACUCGCUCGCAUGUUUGACACCGAAGUGUUAAAGGAGAAACAUGAGGAUGGAGUGGAACGAUUCAGUGGAGAUACACCAACAUGAGCAUGAGGCGUAACCCAUGAAUACGGGGGGCCCUGCUCAGUCAUCUCAUAUCGGUCCACCUUGAGUUUCUGCUCCCUGUCUGAUCGUCACUCUUCUCAUCUCGCUCUGAUUAACUUUGAAAUGUUCACUUUGCUUCAUUCGGUCUGAUUUCCUUCUCCAAGUAUAAACUUUUUCAUCUGACAUUGACUGACGGGUUUCUCUCUCCCUCCUCCUCCAGCUGAGAUGAUUGACAAGCUGACCCUCACUUUCAACCGUACCAGACAGGCCGUCAUCACCAAGGAGCUCAUUGAGAUCAUCUCCGGAGCCGCCGCUCUGUAAGUCUCUCUCUCUCUCUCUUUCUUUCUCUAUCCUCCACUUUCCUGCUCUUCAUUUGCACAUUUUCCUCCCUGACUCACCUCGCUCAUUACACUCCUCCCGCUAACUUCUCUGACCUUUGAGACCCUCUUUAUUCCCUCUGUUCUCAUCCAUGCACGUCCUUUUUUUGUCACACAUCCAAAGUCGUCACAUUGUCUCGUGUCUAAUUCUCUCUGACCUGAUCCUCACUUUCUGCUCGACUCAGGAACUGAAGCUUGUUUUAACAGAGGAGGUAACGCCGUAGAGCAGACUGUGAUGUUAGCGUUUUAAGAAUAGAAGUGUGUAUUUUUGUCGUGAUCGUCUAGUUUGGAUCAGUUUUAGAAGUAACAGUGGAGUUUCCAGCUUGUUUGGGAUCAUUUUCUUACCUGGUUUGUUUCUCUCCCUGCAGAUAAACGGGUGAACUCAUCGCUCGCUUCGCCUCCAGCUCUUCAAAGUACUUCAGACCGGUGUCGUCGAGAGUCUAUGAACAUUUGUGCUUCUAUUUGUAAAAUAUAUAAGGAGAGAAUAAACCUCUUAUGAUUCCUCAUCCUCUCAACUGUUCCUGUAUCUGUCUCCUCACAAUAAACACUGAUGAACGAGAAAGAUGAA